AUACUCGCUCACACUCACAGUGCUCUCAUUAAUGUCCGCCUUCCUCCUCUUAUCUGUACUUUCUCUCUCCAAAACUGCAGAAAUGUAACUUUUUGUCUCUGUCCGUCUCUCUCUCUAUCUUUCUGUAUCUGUACUAUUUGCAUGCAUAGUCCUGCUCCUGCUCUGAUUUUCUGUCUCUUGAAUGUGUAUGCAAGACGCUGAUGAUAAGGAUCUUUCGUUGUUCUAGGUGUUUAAAGGUGAGCUGAAGAAAAGCUAUGAAAAUAAUGGAGAUGGAUUCCGAGAUGGAGCUGUAAUGUGCUUUUUUGCGAGAAUUUGGAUUCCGCUCUAGUUUUCUUUUUUCUAAAGAGAAAAGGUUUUGCUUUUUGUCUACUGUGUUUGAAUUUCUCGAGAAAGCGAAAAUGGAAAGAGCUCGACAAAGGAGGUCCAGGAGUACUACAAGCAUUGAAUUUGAAGGAAUUCAACGGAUUCAGAAACGGAUUCAGAAACAGGAAGCUAUUUCAAAAUUGUAUUCGGAAUCUCAUCCUUAUAUUGAUGGAACCACAAGAAAGGAUAUGUUCAUGCUUGAAUCGGGGUAUAGCUCUCCUAUACGAGCCACUGGAAUCCAGAUGAAGAAGUUACUGGCAGAAGAAAAGCCAAAAGAAGUUGAAGCGAAGAGAAGAUCGCCAAGGGAUAUGCCUAUACUGAUUAGUCUUGAUGGGCAACAAAGAUCAAGGUCAUUGGAUAGCUAUCGACUGGAAAAUGCAUCGAUGAGAACUCAAUCGAGCAGUCAACUUUCAGAUGGCCAUUCGAGUAGGAGAAGCUCAAUGAAGAAGCUGGCAUUCAAAGAUGUAUAUGAAGAUCUGGAAGCUUCACAUGUCACUAAUCGACAUUACUCGUCAAUAGAGUGUUCAAGCUCGAGGCUUACACAAUCUGAGAUGGCACUCUUUCAGCAGAAGUUCAUGGACGCAAAAUGUCUUUCAAUGGAUGCAAAGCUUCAGCGUACAAAACAGUUUGAUGAUGCACUAGAGAUGCUUGACUCAAAUACGAAUUUAAUGCUAAAAUUUCUCCAGAAACCAGAUUCUUUGUGUGCAAAGCAUUUGCAUGAUUUGAAAGUUCAUCCUCCCAGUCAGAUAACAGUUUUGAAGCCAUCAAAUUCUGCAAAAUGUGAAGGAAAUGUGAAAGCGUGGGAAUCAGAGAGACAUAUUUCAUGUAAACAUGACUUCACCUGUGAUGAGAAACGGGAAGAUCGUCUUUUACUCCACUUGCACAGUCGUCAUAGAGCUCACGUUUCUUGCAAGUCCAAGGUUCAUUCAAAGGAAAAUGAUGAGAAAAUAACUCUUCCCACAAGAAUUGUUGUUCUCAAGCCAAACCUCAGGAAGAUGCACAACACAGGUAACUCUCCUUCACAGCCUGAUUACUCGCAUGGUUUUCUUUCCAAUGUCAGAAAGCUGAAGGAAUAUCCAAUUGAUGGAGGUGCUGAAACACAAUCAUUGGGAGGAAAAGAAUCCUCUGAUGACAUGAGAUUCUUGAAGCCCUGUUCAAGAGAAGCUAGAAUAAUUGCCAGGGGAAUUGCAAACAAUAUAACACAUGGCUGUGAUGGAAGGAUUGAUCUAAUGUCUUCUAGAGUAAGAGGAUAUGCAGGGGAUGAGAGUUCGUGUGAUGCUUAUGAAAGUGAUUCAGGCAGUGAGUCAGACGUAUUUAAAGUGUCCUCUAGAAAUUCCUUCUGUCAUUAUAACUGGUGUGAAUAUUCCUCUUCUGAUUUACUCAAGUCAUCAUCCAUCAGUAGGGAGGCAAAGAAAAGACUGUCUGAGAGGUGGAAGACGGGUCACAAAUAUAAAGACAUUGAAAUGGUUGCUAAGGUUAGCACACUGGGUGAAAUGCUUGCCAUACCUGAGAGUGAAACAGAACUUGAAAAUGUGAAUGCUAAGGUGGAUCUUGAUAGAGAAUGCGAUAGACUUGCUAGAAACAAUGGAACUGUGGAUUGGCCUUCUGGAAUCAGCAGCAGGGAUGGUUGGAAUAAUAAACUUAUUAAAUCUUCAUCUAGAUCAAAAUCCCUUCCUCCAUCUGAAAAUGGCAGAAUUCACAGAAGAAGUGCACAUUGUGAUGCUAUUGCUGAAGACAAAUAUCUCAUGCAUAUGGAUUCCUUGAGUCGCGGUAGAAGAAAGACCGUGAAGGGAAAUCUGUACCCGAAAGAAGAUUUUUCACUCAAAAAUUUAACCAGGAGCAAGAAACAUCUUUCACUUCACCGUGCAACUAUUGGGGAGACAGAUUCUUCACUGGAAGCCAGGUUUGAGAUUCAGAUGGAGACAAACCUUGAGAAGGAUCCAUCUGAACAACAGCACAUGCCUCAGAUGGCAACAGAGGAUGUCAACUGCACAAGUCCUGAGUUAACUUCAAAAUAUUCUGAGUUGUCUUUGAAGCAGUCUUCUUCAGAGGUAGAAAAUGUCAACACUUUGGCUCACAACGAACCGGUUCCCAGUUUCCAGGGGCCACACAAGGGAUCACCCCAACAAGGUACGGAUCCUGGUUCUUCAGAAAACUUGCUUCAAGCUGAUGAUCCCAGUCCAGUUUCGGUCCUCGAGUUCCCUUUUAUAGAAGAUGUAUCAUCUGUUUCUGAAUGCUUUGAGAGAGUCAAUGCUGAACUUCAUGAACUGCGAAUGCAACUGCAUCUCCUCAAGACGGAGUCACAAGCAUGUGUCGAGGCACCCACUCUCAUUUCAAGCAAAAAUGACAUUGCACAAAAAUCACUUACGGUUUUUGAGGAAAACAAUAUGUUAGGAGCUGAAGCCUGGAAAACUCCUUACGUUCACGAUGUGCUAAUUGGUUCUGGUUUUGAAGAUUCGGACCUCUAUAUGUUUAGGACAACAUGGUACUCCCCAGAAUGCCCUUUGAGCCCAUGGUUGUUCAAUGACCUCGAGAAGAAAUACAAUGAUGAGAUAACUGGUUUGAGGGACGAAAGAAGGUUGCUAUUUGACAGAAUAAAUUCAGCACUCUUGGAGGUGUUCCAGCAUCAUGUUGACUUGUACCCCUGGGUGAUGCCAAAAAUAAAGAGAGCCAAUUCAACCAGUCAGAAAAAAGUGGUUAGAGAUGCUUGUCAAAGAUUGUUAACAGGCCAUGAUUUUGAAGCAGAAGGGAACGUACUGGAAAGAAUACUUGACAAAGAGAUGCAAUGGUUAGAAUUCAAAGGAGAAAUUGACGAGAUAGGUAAUGAAAUUGAGAUAUUAUUGAUAGAUGAACUGAUAACAGAGUUUCUAUGUAGUUUUUAAAACAAACUGGUGUAGUGUAGUUGGUAUCGUAGGCCAGAUGAUCAGGUUGUUUUAGAAGUGAGAGAAUAAAACUAUACUUUGAAUUUAUCCAAAGGUAAAAGUAAGUUAUGAUGGAAAUAUAGUUCUAAUAAUUGACCUGCUGCCUUAUCAGCUUUGUUGUUUUUACCAAGUUGCAAAACAGUUUUCGAAAUUGAAUAUUGGAUUACCUCAUGUAUAAACUUGUGAACCCUUCUACAUUGAAGAAGUUCUUGAGGUUACUCAAGUUUUGGUUA